UACAUAUUAAUUUUGUUUAGAAAAAUGAAUACUUUAAAACUUUCCACAGAAAGUAAGGUACUUAACAAAUGUCGUUGUUGCAUAAAACCUGCAGUAAAUUGUAUAAAACUUGAGUCCCUCAUAGACAAUUGUGAGGAUACAGGAAAAACAUACAAGGAAAUUCUGAAUGAAAUUACAAAACUUGAUAUACCUGCCUGUAAGGAAAGUAGUUUGCCUCAACAAAUUUGCAAGGAAUGUGGCGCACAACUUAUAAAUUCCUACAAAUUUAUUCAACAGGUUUGUAAGAUUUCCCAGCAAUAUCUGAGAAUAAUAAAUGAGGAGCAAAACCCAACAGAUGAGUUUAAAAAUUUACAUGAAACAUUCAUGGAACUAAAAGAAAUUCCCAUAUCAGAGAAGGAAUACAAGGAAAUGAAAAUUGAUUUGUUGAUCAUGGAAUGUAAUCCUGUAAUUAAAGAAGAAAAACAGGAAAGGGAAACAGUCCAGCAGAAAAGAGAUUUUUUUGCUAACUUUAAAGAGGAAAUAUCUUCUGAAGACAGCGACGAACCAGAAUCCCUAAAAGAUUAUGAUCUUUCUAAAGAGCCUAUAGCUAGAUGUUGUGAUAUUUGCCACAAGGUAUAUAGAAAUGAACAAUUUCUUAACAUACACAAACGUUACACUCACAUGCCGGAUGAAGAUAAACUACCUUGUCCCUUAUGUACAUAUAAAGCCAGUAGAACAUCAGCUUUAAAGGUUCACAUGGGCUUGGUUCAUGGCAUGGACAAGGUGAGUGAAUUUUUUAAGACUGUCGUAGAGGAAAAAGGAACAAAAUAUCCCUGCAACUUAUGUGCACAUUCCUAUGCACGCAAAGAUAGCCUUCGAAGACACAUGCGUAGAAAUCAUCAAAAGAAAACAUUAAUAGAAAAACACGAAACAGAUAAGACGACCACAAAAUCAUUAAAAACUAAAGAAAAAGAACGUUUUCUUUGCACCUACUGCGGAAAGUCAUACAGUUUAAAAAGUAGUCUAGAAAUUCAUAUACUCAGUCACACAGGAGAGAGACCACAUCCCUGUGAAAUUUGUAAUAAAACCUUUAAACGUUUAAUGGAUCUGCAAUUACAUAGGCUGACACACAGCGAUGAAAAGCCCCAUACAUGUACUGAAUGCGGUAAAGGUUUUAAACGGGUCGACAAGUUGAAAUUUCACAUGCGAGUCCAUUCGGAAUUGAGACCUUAUAAAUGUAAUGAAUGUGAAAAGAGUUUCAAGUAUUCCAGUGUUUUAAAAACUCAUAUGCAUACGCACACAGGAGAAACACCAUUUGUUUGUAGAACCUGUGGAGAAGCGUAUGCAUUAAGGACAUCUUUAAAUAAUCACUGUUUAAAAUAUGAUCACGAAAAAUAUUAUUGGUUUAAAAUGUCGGAGAAUUCUGUACAAAAGUGUAGGACUUGUCUUAAGAACAGUACAAAAACUUUUCCUCUAACCAAAUAUGCCAUAGGAAGUAACCCGAAGAAGACCUAUGGUCAACUAUUAAAGGAAUAUGCCAAUUUACAGUGUCCAAUCGAUUAUGAGCGUUACAUGCCACAAUAUUUAUGUUUAUUAUGCUGCCGUGAAUUGCGGAACGUUUAUACUUUUAUUCGGCAAGCCCAAUAUUGUAAUAACAAACUAAUAAAUGUUAUUGCUAAACAAUUAGCUAGUCUGAAAGAAAAGGCAAUUAUUUUGCCACAAAAUGGAAACAAAUUGGAAAAAUCUCUUAACAUCAAAUUGGAGAAGAAUAUUGAUGAUUGUAAUACAAAUCAGCAGCAGGUUUCUAUUAUUAAUGAGUUCAGAAUUGUAAGCACAAGUGUACUUUUAAAGUCGGAAGUUUUGGAAGAAACUGCAGAAAAUGAAGGACCAAUUCAAUAUUAUGUUGAUGAUAAUGACGAAAUGGAAAUUAAUGAAAACGAUAAAAAUGACUCCAAUGAUUCUACGCUUGACUGUUCUAUGACUUCUGAUUAUAAUAUAACUGCCAAAUGUCUAAUUGAAAAUAAUGACGAUUCUCAAAUUAACACAGUCUGUCCGAUAUGUGAUAAAAUUAUUUACAGACAUGAUAAUUUAGUAACACAUAUGCGUACUCAACAUGAUUUUGAAGUGCCUAAAGAAUUUUUAAACAUACCAAAGCCAGUGCUAAAAGCUCAAAUGUUUGCCUGUAAAAAGUGUCCUUGUAAAUUUGCCACUAAGAUCAAGUAUUUAAAUCAUGUAACAGAUAUACAUGGCAGUGAAGAGAAGAAAAUAAAACAAAAGCCAGUGGAUAAAAUUAUUAAAUGUCGUUUUUGUGACUAUACAUCUCGAAAUUAUUCGGCUUUGAACUUCCACAAUCGUUCGAAACAUGGAACCGAAGCAGAUAAAUUCAAGUGCAAAUUUUGCCCCUACAUGACUUGGAAAAAAUUUAGUCUGUUAACGCAUGUAAAAAAUUCACAUAAAGAAUUGAUAAAAACACUUAAGGCUGAUGCUGAAAAUAAUACGGAUCAAGGAGAAACCUUAAAUAAUGUUAAUACUACAAAUACUAAUGUUUUAACAACAUCUCAAGAAGACGUAGAUAAUUCUCUACAUGAAAAUGAAGAUUCUUCUACCGAUGAUGAUACCCCUUUAGUCCAAAAAAACUUUAAAUCUUAUGAAACAUCUGAAAUGGAAGAUAAUAAAAAAGAAUUAAGUGAGGAAAUGUUUAUAAGAAACAUUUGCAAUAUUAAAAAGAGACAAUGUAACACAAUUUCAACAAGAUCUUUACCCAGACGAUGUGAUAUAUGCGGAAAUAUUUAUAAUAACUAUAAUGCUCUUAAGACCCAUCAAAAAACCGUUCACAUUGGCAUAGAAAAAUACUGUGCAUGUUCACAUUGUGGAAAAAAAUUUAAAAGAAAAGCUAAUCUUAGGAUUCAUAUUAAAAAUGCUCAUGUACCAAACAAAUCCACAGAAAUUGUUAAACAACCAGCUGCUCCUAGAGAGAAACGUUUCAUGUGCACAGAAUGUUUCUAUGUUUGUGGUACAAUAACCACAUUAACGAUUCACAGAAAUCGUCAUCAUACCGGCGAAAAACCCUUUAAAUGUGACAUUUGUUUUAAAUCGUUUAUUGUGCCGUACGACUUAAAAAUUCAUCGUUAUUUACAUACGGGCGAAAGGCCAUACAAAUGCCCGUUUUGUUCAAAGGGUUUCCGAUGCAGUGCUCAAUUGAUUAAGCACAAACGCAUACACAACAAUGAACGACCGUACAAGUGCAAGGACUGCGGCAAAAGUUUUACACAGACCUAUAAUUUAUCGCUGCACAAGCGAACACAUCUUAAGGAGAAAAAACUCAAUUGUACGGUUUGUGAUAAAUUAUUUGAAAAUCAAUCGUUGUUAAAUUUACAUCGUAUAAAUGAAAAUCAUCCAGAUGAAGUAUGAAUAUAAGAUUGAUUAUUAUUUUUUUCAUUUUAUUUUUAAUUAAAAAAAAUUUGAAUAAAAAAAUAUAAAUAUAUCA